UCAUUGGUAACCUGAUCCACUCAGUUACCGCAAGCUGGGCCACUCGAUGUAAGUUUGCAGUCCAAGCAGGAAAAGAUAUCAACGCUGACUCAACCAUACUUCCUGGCUAUGAGUUCGUUGUAGAUGGCUGCUAUGACACUAGCGCGAACUCCAGCAUUAAGUCAAGUAUUGAAGAUAUAUAUCGUUUUGUGGCAUACAUUAAUAAGAUCGAAGAACAAGCUAUUCCCUUUAUCUUACAUGGUAAAAGCGUGACAUCUGAUCUUAGGACGUUUUGCGCUGCUAAAGGAUGUAUCACAGCUGCAGAUUGGGUGACGUCAUUGGACACAUUAGAAGCCCCGCUUGCAACAAAUGUUCUUAACGAUAUGGUCAUAGUUGGACGCACAAUAAUGAAGAUCGUCGAAAGAUAUGGCUGGAAAUAUGUUGGAUUAUUCUUCACAGAAUCGUUUACUGAAAAAGGAAAGUUCAUUAAACAACUAAAGUAUGAUCUUGAAGCGAAUGAUGUGGAGGUGGAUGUCUAUCAAACAUACACUGUGACAAAAACUAAUUGGACUGCAAUAAAAGAAAGUGGUCUGAGAAUAUUUGUCGCUGAUGUCUCCAGAUCAGCUCAACCUAAAUUCCUGUGUGAGCUGUACAAAAACAACAUAACAGGGGAUAAAUAUAUGCUCAUUUAUAAAGCGAAUCCUACUCUUAACAAUUACACAGACGAUCAAAUUGCUACUACCAACUGUACGAGGGAACAGAUUAACGAAGCGAGGAAGGGAGCCAUCCAUAUUACACUGUUACCCGAGUUCUUCUUUGAGGGUGGCAACGCUGAUCUGACUGAACCCAAACAUUAUAGAAAUGGCAAAACAUACGUCGAUGUAUUAUCUGAUAUUGGAG